UCUAAAAUAAAUUUAAAAAUUUCUUAUCUACAUAAUAGGUAUGACGACGAACAAUAUUCUAGCGAACUAUUUUUCGUAGUGUUCUUUCCAAAGCUUCUCUACCGCACCUCACCUCCCCCCCCCCCCCUCCCUUCCAAGUAACAAGGAAGUUUCGGCGGCACUUUUGCAUAUAAAAGGCGCCUGUAUCUUCCAAGAGUCCACAAGCUUUCUGCAGUCCGCAUACAGAGCCAUGGCUCGCCUCUUGGUACUCUGCGCACUUGCCGCGUCACUCUCCUGCAUGGCCUACGGCCUCUCCAGCUCUUCUAUUGGCAAUGCGGCACGUUCUGGAAGUUCCAGCCUUGGCAGCAGCAGCGCACGUGGAGGUGGAGGGUGGCUUGGUCAGCAGCAGAUGCAGCAGCCUUGGGGACAGCACAUGUGGGGACAGCCCUGGGGACAACAGAUGUGGGGGCAGUGGCCAUGGGGACAGGAAGCUUGGGGAAUGCUGCCAUGGGGACAGGAGGGGUGGGGACCGCAGACAUGGGUACCGGUGCCAUGGGGACGGCAGCAGUGGCAGAGGCCUUCACACCACCAGCAGCAGCAGCAACAGCAACAGCAGCGUCAUUAG